AUGAAGGAGAGACCAAUGGCUAGUGUACCAGUAUCGUUAGGUGAACACGAAUCUCUUAUGACUGAAGUGCAAGUUCGAUCACCUUCAACUGCAACAGCAGCAACAACAACGACGACAAUGAAACAUAAAAAGCCUACCAACUGGCUUAAAGCUUAUCUAUGCCAAAAUAAAAUGACAUUCGGAUUGUGUCUUUCACUGUUACUAGCUAUUACUAUUGUUAUGUCUUUAUUAUUUCUAUAUGCAUUGCAUACACGACUUCGACCUGAACAGAAAUUGUGUUUAACACCGGAAUGUAUCACAUUAGCAGCGGAUACAUACAAUGCAAUGGAUAUUACUGUUGAUCCAUGUGAAGAUUUCUAUCAAUUUGCUUGUGGUAAUUGGGAUAAAAGUCAUCCAAUUCCAGAAGGUCGAAGUGUUCGCUCUUCAUUCGAAUCAUUUGUCAAUGAUGUUGUUGAUUUAUAUCGAGAAUUACUUCGUAAGCCUGUCCUUAGCACCGAACCAGAUGCUGUUCGCAAGCUUAAAAUCUUCUAUCAAACGUGCAUCAGCACAGAACGAGAUUCACCGGCAGUAGAAAAUGCAACUUAUCAUAUACUUAUGCAACAUCUCGAUCGGUUUGGUGGAUUUCCUCCGUUAUAUGGCGAACAAUGGCAAUCGAAAUCAUCCCUGGAACGCUUACUAGCUACGCUUCAUUUAGAAUUCAACAUUGAACCUUUGUUUGAGCUCAAAGUAGCUGCAGACGACAUGAAUAAUUCUCAACAUAUCAUUCUUAUUAACCACCCAUCAUUAUUUCUGCAAGCAUCCGCUGCAUACGAAUCCGAAGAAGAGAUCGAUGCUUAUUUAAAUUUUAUGGUCAGCGUGGCGACUAGUCUGGGUGUUGAUCGAUCACAAGCACGGAGUGAAAUGCAACGAAUACUCACUUUCGAGAAGGCAAUCGCCAACAUUCGUGAUGAUCAACCAUCGAAUACAGUUAUGGAUUUUUACAAGAAGAUAUCUGUCGGCGAAUUACAACAAAUGAUUAAAUCAAUCAACUGGACUGUUUACUUUCACAUUGUGUUCAAAGAAUUUAUUCCACCUGACGAAUCAAUAGUUGUUCUCUAUGCUAGCCAAUAUAUGGAAGAUCUUGAGCGACUUAUUCGUCGCUUUGACAUACGAACAAUGACAGGUUAUGCCCUCUGGCGUGUUAUCGCAAGUCUUGUGCCUGAUUUAAGUAAGACUUUUCGAGAAGCUCAUUACGAACUUGCACGUCUGACUCAGGGUGCUGCUCUGAAUGGAAUUGGUUCGCAUUGUUUAUUGAAUCGCGCCGAUGAAACUUUCGCCCAGUCUAUGACCUAUCUCUAUCUAAAAUCUCAAUCCGAUGAUAAUAUUCGCGAAGAAUUACAAGAAGUAAUUCUCAAUAUUCGAAGUACAUUCUAUGAAACCAUUAAACGAAAUACAUGGAUGACAAAUGAUACAAAAAAAGUCGCACUUGCCAAAGCGCAAUUGAUGAAUGAGUUCAUUGCAUAUCCAUUGGAAGCGUUAAAUGAAACUUAUUUGAAUAUAAGUCAUGCUCAUUUAAACAUUGCAUUUGAUAAUCAUUUAAACAAUGUCAUCAAUCUUUUGGGUAAUGAAGUACGGAAAAACAUUGCACUCUUUCGGAAACCUGUUGACAAAAACCAAUGGAUGACAAGCUCAGCUCAAGUCAAUGCACUCUAUGACAGCAAUCGCAAUGCUAUCAUUAUACCCGUUGGCAUGACACGACCCUUUCUCUACAGUUCAAAAUUUCCACAUUUUGUAAUCUAUGGUCGUAUCGGUAUGGUCAUAGCCCAUGAAAUUAUUCACGGCUUUGAUACGAACGGACGUUAUUUUGAUGAGCAUGGUAAUCUCAAUCAAUGGUGGAAUAAUGAAACCGACGCAACUUAUCGCGAAACAGAACGAUGUAUUGUUGAACAAUACUCGAACUACACGUACGAGCAAGUUAAUAUGACACUGAAUGGUAACACAACACGAUCAGAGAAUAUCGCCGACAUAGCCGGAACUGAAUUGGCCUUUCUUGCUUAUAAACAAUGGCUGAAAGUUCAUGGUGAUGAACUUCGACUACCUUUAUUGAAUAACUAUACACAUGAACAAAUGUUCUUCAUUGCUUUCAGUCAAAUCUGGUGUGGAAAUUAUCUUAAUGAACGCUUACGAAAGGAUAUACGAGACAUGAUCCAUACACCGUUUCGCUACCGAAUGAUCGGCUCAUUGCAUUCAAGCCAUCAUUUCAGUCGAGUAUUUCAAUGUAAAGAAAAUGCGAAAAUGAAUCCACAGACGAAAUGUACUGUCUUCUAA